AUGAAAUUUAUUACAUCUUUCUUCUGGGCCUUGUUAUUCCAACUUUCAUAUGUUCUAGCGGUAGAUCCAGCAGCAGCUGAUCCUAAUACCCAGAUGGUCACUAUUACACGUGUUACUACCAAUGCCUUAGCUCAACAAUUUACAUUAACUGAAACUUUACCAGCAAAUGCGGCAGCAGUUAUUGAUGAUGAAACAGCUACUGCUAAAACUACUGCCAAUACUAUAAAAGGCAAAACAACUACUACUGGUAAAACAACUACCACUGGGAAGACAACCACUACUGGUAAAACCACCACCACUACAGGUACUGCCAAGACAGACGUUUAUACUACUGUUAUUACUACUAAGAAUGCUGCAGGUGUUGCUCAAACUUUAACUCAAACUAUAACUGGUACUGCCACCCCUGCUGUUGUUGCUGCCGCUGCCGCCACUACCUCUGCUAACACUGGUACUUACACAACUGUAGUCACUACUACCAAUAACCUUGGUAUUACUGUAACUUUAACCCAAACCAUUACUGGUACUCCAAUUACUACUGUCCCUACUGCUGCUACCACUCCUAACACUGGUGUUUACACAACUGUUAUAACCACGACUAAUGAUCUUGGUACUACUGUUACUUUAACUCAAACUUUAACCGGUACUCCGACUUUAACUGCUGUCACUGCUGCUGCCAGUAGCGCUUCAGUUUCUACCGGUGUUUAUACAACUGUUAUCACAACAACUGAUGCUGCUGGUGAAUCUGUUACUUUAACUGAAACCAUUACUGGUACUUUACCAACCGCUUCUGCAACCAACGUCAAAUUAUAUACUACAAUCAUCACUACCACUGAUGGAUCUGGUAACUCAAUCACUUAUACUCAACUAGUUACUAGUUUAUCUUCAUCUACAUCAUCUUCAUCAGUAACUUCAGGAAGUAACUCUGAUACUUCUAGUUCAACAGUUGAUAACAAUGUUCACACAGGUACUAGACCAGACCCAUCUACCCAUUUCACUCCACCACCAGCUUCUCCAGUAACUACUUUAAAAAUUGAUACAUUUGUCACCAUCACCGAAGGAUCCACGAGGACUUACACUACAAAGAGAUCUCCAACUGUUAUGUGGGUGACUGUCACUGUUGAUGGUAAAUCUGCCGUUGUCUCCACUACAUACGUUCAAAGAUUCUCUACACAAUACAGUGUUAUAGCCUCACCAUCCUCCGGUUCCAUUGGCUAUGGGUCAUUAACUCCUAAAAAAUCUAAUGGUAAAUUCGUCGCUAAGAAAGCUAUUAAUAUUGUAACUGAAAAUUUUGCUAAUCAAAUAUCUCCAGUUUACAAGCUAGCUGGCCUAUUUGUUGCAGCAUUUUUAUUUUUCUUGUAA